AUGGCUAUUGUAUUGUAUGGACCAGCAUUAGCAUUAAGUCAAACUACUGGUUUAAAUAUUUGGAUCGCUGUUGUUUCGAUUGGUAGCAUCUGUACAUUCUAUUCUUCUGUGGUAAUGAACAAAACAUGUUUAUGUCUAUCUAAUAUCUUUAUUCAGGGUGGUAUGAAAGCAGUCAUAUGGACAGAUGUUUUACAAUCAGUAGUCAUAUUAGUUGGUCUUCUUGCUGUUGUCAUUCAAGGAUUGAUUACACUCGGUGGUUUUAAACGAGUAUGGUUCAUUGCAUCACAAGGUGGUAGAAUUGAAUUUGACAACAUCAGUUUUGAUCCUCGUACUCGUCAUACAAUCUGGUCGGUGCUAAUCGGCGGCUCCAUGAAUACACUUGCUACAUAUGGAUUUAAUCAAGCACAAAUUCAACGUUAUAUGUCUAUUCGUUCUACAUCUGCUGCUAAAAACGCUUUAUUUAUUAAUGCAGUUGGUUCUGGACUUCUUAUCGCUUUAUCGAGUUUUAUCGGAGUUAUCAUAUAUGCAUAUUAUGCCGACUGUGAUCCAUACACUGAUAAAAAAAUUAAAGAUAUCGAUCAAAUUCUUCCAUAUUUUGUUAUGGAUGUAUUAGGUGACAAGAAGGGUUUACCGGGUAUAUUUCUUGCUUGCAUUUUUUCCGGUUCACUAUCGACAAUUUCAUCCGGAUUGAAUAGCCUAGCAGCAGUAAUAGUCGAAGAUGUCUAUAAAAGAUUACUCGGUCGACAUAUGACUGAUCAACGGCAAGGCUUCAUAUCGAAAAUCAUAUCUGUCAUACUCGGAAUUGUUAUUAUGUUACUUACCUACGUAGUCAGUUAUUUUGAUUCGAUUCUUAAUGCUACUUUAUCUAUAUUCGGUGUUUUAGAAGGUCCCAUUAUGGGUAUCUUUGUUUUGGGUUUCUUUUUUCCACGAGUAAAUCGACGAGGUGGACUUAUCGGAUUUGCUGUAAGUCUGGCUUUUCUACUAUGGAUAUUCUUGGGUGCUCAGAUAACAAAAAAACAGAUGAAAAAUGUCAGUUUAUCAUUGUCAAUAGAUAAUUGUUCUGAUGCAAUAAAUAAGACAUUAACCAAUUGGACAACAACGAUAUUCACUUCUUUGAAACGCGAUCCUCUAAUUGACUUGUAUUCAGUGAGUUACAUGUGGUACACACCGAUUGCAGUCGGUACUGUAAUAAUUGUUGGUAAUAUUGUUUCCUAUUUGACUCAUCCACUUUCUCCACAUGAGAUUGAUCCAAAAUUGAUUAUAUCAGUAAGAAAUGUAUGCUGCUGUUGUUUACCAAAACAAUGGUGCCAAUGGCUUCAAUUUGGUAUCGAUUAUGAAGCUUAUCACAAGGAGCAGAAUGAAAAUUCGGAUACACAUCGUAAUGACCACGUGAAUUCCAGUCACGAGAUACUCCAGUCAAAUAAAAUAGUACCUGCUCCAAUCAUAAUCGAUGGAGUAGCUAAUGACAAGCAGUUUGCUAACUGA